UUCACGGCCUCGGAAGAGCUACGGAACGCGGAAGAGGGUGCGCUUAGACGUGCGAGACGGAAUUUUGUCGUCGCGAUCCUUCGGGUGUCCAGAACCGAGUCACGUGAUCGUUAUAACGACCGCUACAUCUGUCAAAUCACCGGCCGCCGACAACUGUCAUACGAUCACCGUGUCAUUCGAUCGGUAACGCGCGUACCGUACAGAUUUCUUUUUUGGGAGAGAACCGGCCGAAGGCGGAAGAACCCGACGAUCAAGGAUCGAAACGAGAGAGGUCGGAGAACGAUUGGAUUAGAGAGCCGACUGAUCUACCGGCUUGUCAGUGGCGUGCAGGGACCGCGAGAAGUACGCCAUCCUUCUUUCCUAUCAGGGAUCGCGGUCGAGGUCGAGGUCGCGUUCAAGGUGGAGCAAGGACGAAAGUCUAGGUCGAGGGUCAGUCUAUCUACGCGCUAUACGAGGUACUAAGCGACGUUAAAAGAAAGCGUCGUUUACACGCAGUAACAACUCCUCGAAGAGAGACGCCUUACACGCGAAAAUACGAUAGCGGAAGCGGCUACUUUCCGUAACAUCGAUACUAAGGAUGCGGGCUAUUCAGUGUUACAUUUGUCUCGCGUUGCUGCUGAUGACAGCGUCGGCCGUCCCGGCGUCGUCAAAGGGUGACUCAGCCAAGGUGAAGAAGACCACGACGAUGGCGGUUGGAGGAAUCAAGAACGCCUCAACGGUCACCGCGACGACGGCGGCGUCGUCGAGGCCGAUCGCGAAUGCCACGUUACCUUCGUCGUCGUCCUCGAUCGCGACGACGACGACGACGACGACGACGACGGCAACGGCGUCGCAGACGGCGGCCACGUCCGCCACGACGACGCUGAAACUGCCGGCAGCCUCGUCGACGACGAUCGUGGCGGCGGCGGCGGCGGCGGCGGCGGCGACGGCGGCGGCGACGACAGCGAGGACGACGAGAACGACGGCCGUGUCGCCGUCGUUAACGUCGUCCACGGCGAGCCUUCCGACCUCCCGCAAUCCGCAGGACGGCUCGAGCCCCACCUACAUCACCGAGACGUCACCGAGGAUAAUCUCGCCCACUCAGCACACCGCAGCCACGGUGCUGUCAUCGAGGAAAUCAGCGGCCGCCGCAACCGCCGGCGUAGCCGAUGUCACGACCACCGCGCCUUUGACGGCCAAGGAGACGCGGGAGUCGCCCGGAAAGAUUAGACCGCAAAUCAAACUGACGACAAAUUACACCACCACCAGCGAGACUGGGGUACGGCUGCCGGAGGGAGCGAGCGCGGCACUCGCGAAACCGACCAAGUAUCACUACUACCCGCACAAUCAGCAUAUCUACUUGCUGCCGGAGUGCGCCGUUCAGCAGGUGUGCAACGCCGUUUACGUUCGGCUCAACUUCACGCAACCGCUGUGCGCCUGUCCCGGAAGGUAUCGGGACCCCUGCAGCGCGUCCCUGGACAGCGACGACCUGCACACGACCGAGCUGGUGACCGAUCCGCGGACCAAGGCCUUGACCUUGGUGAAAACGUGCGAGCCGGUCGCCGAGAUGCGAGAGUGCAGAGCGUCGCGGGACUGGUCCCUGUUGGCGUUGCAGAACGUGCGUACGGGAAAGUCCCACUAUCUCGUGAUAUGCCGAUGCCCCGACACAAACAUACUCGAGGGACCUAUGAGCCACGAUCAGCCAACCUACGCCAGCGUCCCGGGCAUUCGAGUGUACGGAAUGAUGUGCGUGCAGGGAAACCGAAGGGGACGACCACUACGACAUUCACGCAGUGUUUCAGGAUACGCAGAGGAUGAGAAGAAACCACGCUUCCCUUGGGACAAGGUGCGACAGCUGAUGGCGACGCCGUCUUUUUGGGAAUAGUUUCUGCGCAACGUGACGUUUCCCACGUAUCUGCCAUCGACGAAUUUACGCGUUAAUUUAUAAUGCUAUUAUAUUUAUAAUUCUCCCAGCCAUUCGAAUCCCAUGCCUCGAACUCUCUUUCAUCCUCCUACCAUUUUCCCUCUUUAUUACUCUCACGCUUUCUUAAACCCUCGAACGGGCGCACCGUGGUGUAGAAUAAUGUAAAUUAAUAUUAAUUUAUUCGUAAUUAUUCGCCUCAUAUCAUGUAAUUUCGACGAAUUACGAAUUAUUUCGCUCCAUUAUACGCAACAAUUAUCGAUUAUCUAAAGUAAAAGCGGAGGAACGGUAACUUUUGGAAGCUUCGCGUAUCCGCACACACCAGCGUGUCCGCACGAGGGUCGAUAGACACGAUAGGACGAAAUCGUCUAUGUCACUUGUACUCUCAUCUCCACUUAAUUACUCGUUUUAAGAAUAUUUAUUAUUCAUGAUUUCUGUAUUAUUUAUAAUUUGAGCUGUCGAUUUAUUACACACGAUACACAAUUCGAUAAACCGCGAAUUGCAAUGAGGAAAGACGAACGACUUUGCCGUCUACUCAAAUGUAAAAAGCUGUCUGAUCUUAAGCGCGUAAUCUUAAAAGAACAAAAAAGAAAGGAUAGGAAUAUAUGUGGUACCUGAAUUUUCGAUAGGCAAGAUCUUAUAAUCGACAUUCUUUUCUCUCAUUAUCAAAUAAAAUACUCAAGUAAAAUCGGCAUUCCAAAAGGUACCUGUUCGCUUUUCCAAUUUAGAGUCAACGCACGAUGUUAACGCGAUUAGGAAACGAAAGACGUAAAUACUUUGAGUCACACAUUUGCGACUACGUGACUUAAGAGAAGCUCGGGGAUGUACGUGCUCGAAUUUAACGAUAUUUCAGAUUGUAUUAAUAGGUACGUGAGAAACGAGCUAAUCAGUAAAACAUAAACAAUUACACAUUAACAAUUAC